CCACCAGCAUCCUUCGUCUUCUUCCCAAGCCCCAUGUUCUUCUCCUUCCUCCUCAUCGCCACUCCUCUCCCCCACCUGCAAAGAUCUCCCACCCCUAAACAAAUCCAAAUAAAAGCCCCGAAAAAAAAGGCUUGCUCAUUUAUGUCUCCUCAUUUCCGCGAGCUGAUUCGCAAUCAAUCGCUCUCUCGCUGGUUCGGAUGAUGCCCGCGGUUUCCCUCUUCGCCACCGCCCCUUUAAAACCCUCCCCCUCGCCUCCGGGCUCCCACCACCGCCGCCACUGAGCCAGUCCGCCGCCGCCGCCGCCGCUCCUGAAGCCCUCGCCGUGGCAUGAGAAGAUGGCCGCGUGCUCCAGGGGGCUCGUGGCGCGGCCGUUCGAUCUGACCGCGAGGGGGGCGGCGCACUGGCCGUGCCCCGCCCCGCGACGCCGCGCGAUCCGAUGCUGCUGCCGCGCGCAGCAGGAGCCGCGGAGGCGCCUCUCCAAGGCCGCGGCGGCCGCGCCGGAGCGCACCGAGGAGUGGCGCAUCGACGGGAACAAGCCCGCCGCUGCCGCCCGGGGCAGGCGUCGCGCCAGCCUCACCGCAAUGCCGUCACUCCCCUUCCCUUCUCCUCGUUCUAGGAGGCAGUGGAAACAACAGAAUUUCUAUCCACGGUGCACGCCAAGAGGGCCAGCUCCUCAAUCCCGUGAUACUCCGCCGAAGAGAGACACUGGUAUUGCUAGUGAGAAGGAAUGGGGAAUCAACCUUCUGGAUGAAGCAGUCAAGGAGUCUGGGACAAAUGAAGAUGGAAGCACCUGGUACAGGGAGAGUGGAGACGAUCGUGGUGAUAAUGGGUACAGGUGUCGCUGGGCUAGGAUGGGAGGACAGAGUCAUGAUGGUACCACUGAAUGGAAAGAGACGUGGUGGGAGAAAAGUGAUUGGACCGGAUAUAAGGAGUUAGGUGCGGAGAAGUCUGGAAAGAAUGGUGAAGGUGAUUCUUGGUGGGAGAAAUGGAAAGAAGUUCUUUACCAAGAUGAAUGGAGCAAUCUUGCAAGAAUAGAGAGGAGCGCUGAAAAGCAAGCGAAAUCAGGAGCAGAAAAUGCUGGGUGGUAUGAAAAAUGGUGGGAGAAAUAUGAUGCCAAAGGCUGGACAGAAAAAGGUGCUCAUAAGUACGGAAGAUUAAAUGAACAAUCCUGGUGGGAGAGGUGGGGUGAACAUUAUGAUGGCCGGGGUUUUGUAUUGAAAUGGACAGAUAAGUGGGCAGAGACAGACUUAGGCACCAAAUGGGGGGACAAAUGGGAAGAGAAAUUCUUUGCUGGAAUUGGUUCUCGACAAGGGGAGACAUGGCAUGUAUCCCCUGGUGGAGAUCGAUGGUCAAGAACUUGGGGAGAAGAGCAUUUUGGUAAUGGAAAAGUUCAUAAAUACGGCAAGAGCACAACUGGCGAGAGCUGGGAUUUGGUAGUUGAUGAGGAGACGUACUACGAGGCGGAGCCUCAUUACGGAUGGGCUGAUGUCGUUGGAGACUCAACACAACUUCUGUCGAUACAACCUGUCGAAAGGCCACCAGGAGUGUACCCAACUUUCACCUGCGCGGUGGCUUCAGGCACCACCUGCAAGUCCGCCAUCCUCUACACCUCCCCCAACGCCACCACCUACGGCAACCUCGUCGCCCGCUUCAACACCACCACCCUCCCCGACCUCCUCGGCGCCAACGGCCUCCCCGACGGCACGCUUUCCUCCGCCCCCGUCGCCGCCAAUUCCACCGUCAAAAUCCCCUUCCGCUGCCGCUGCAACGGCGACGUCGGCCAGUCGGACCGCCUCCCCAUCUACGUCGUGCAGCCGCAGGACGGGCUCGACGCCAUCGCGCGCAACGUGUUCAACGCCUUCGUCACCUACCAGGAGAUCGCCGCCGCGAACAACAUCCCCGACCCCAACAAGAUAAAUGUCAGCCAGACGCUGUGGAUUCCGCUGCCCUGCAGCUGCGACAAGGAGGAAGGCUCUAACGUGAUGCACCUCGCCUACAGCGUCGGCAAAGGGGAGAACACGUCGGCGAUCGCUGCCAAGUACGGGGUGACGGAGUCCACGCUUCUCACCAGAAAUAAGAUCGACGACCCCACGAAAUUGCAGAUGGGACAGAUUCUAGAUGUCCCGCUCCCUGUGUGCCGUUCAUCAAUCAGCGAUACCUCAGCUGAUCACAAUCUGAUGCUCCUCCCGGAUGGCACCUAUGGAUUCACCGCAGGAAACUGCAUCCGCUGCAGCUGCAGUUCAACUACCUACCAGCUAAACUGCACUGCAGUACAGAACAAGGGAUGCCCGUCAGUGCCACUGUGCAAUGGAACGCUGAAGCUUGGUGAGACGAACGGCACCGGUUGCGGAUCAACAACGUGCGCCUACAGUGGUUACUCCAACAGUUCAUCGCUCAUCAUACAAACCAGCCUUGCAACUAAUCAGACAACAGCCUGCCAGAGAGGAGGAUCUGGGAGGUCGCAGUUCGCUAGGUCCAUGUGGAGCAUGUCUGUUAUCUCCUUCCACAUGGUGUUGAUCAUUAUCUGUUUCCUUUGAUGUUGGAGACUACUGCAACUCUAGAUGGUACAUUUCAAAGAGUUCUCUACGAUCUAUGAUUGUUGUAUACGAUAUAUGAUUGUUGUCGUAACUUAGAUUUUGAUGACUGGUUUAUCCAGCUUUGAAAUUUGAGUUUUGACUCUGUUCUUUAGAGGAUGAGUGGCACUUGUACGGCUGCUUGAAUAAAACGUCGAUGUAUUGUAUUCGAUCUGCAUCUGAAAAGGAAUAUUCAUUAGAUAGGAUUAUUCGAAAUAAAAAGAUCCCACAUGUUUUUGUUAUAGGCGUUACAUGUUCUGGAUGGAUAUAUAAUGUACCAUGCGGAAGUAUGAAUGGACUUCCCACCUUCCAA